AUGGAAUUUCUGAAUUUUUUGCUUAAUUUGUUAGUACCUCCAGCCAGUUUGAUCACGUUGGCUUUCUCAUGGCCAGCACUUUGUUUUCUCAAUGCUUGUGAGUGGCUCUAUAACAGUUUAUAUGGUGAGAAUAUGGAUAAUAAAGUGGUCAUAAUCACUGGAGCAUCUUCUGGCAUAGGAGAGCAAAUUGCAUAUGAAUAUGCAAUGAGGAGAGCAAAUUUAAUGUUGGUGGCACGCAGAGAGCACAGGUUAAGAGGGAUUGCUGAGAAUGCUAGGCGAAUGGGUGCAAGGCAUGUGAUGAUUAUGGCAGCAGAUGUUGUGAAGGAAGAUGACUGUAGGAGAUUCGUCAAUGAAACCAUAAAUGUCUAUGGCCGUGUGGAUCAUCUAGUGAAUACAGUCAGUUUGGGACAUACAUUCUACUUUGAAGAAGUUACAGACACAUCAGUUUUCCCGGUUCUCCUGGAUAUUAAUUUUUGGGGGAAUGUUUAUCCAACAUUGGUGGCUCUUCCUUACCUUCAUCAAAGCAAUGGUCGUGUUAUUAUCAAUGCUUCAGUUGAAAGUUGGUUACCCUUGCCAAGGAUGAGUUUAUAUGCUGCUGCAAAGGCAGCAUUAGUGAACUUCUAUGAGACGCUGAGAUUUGAAUUGAAAGACGAGGUUGGAGUAACGAUAGCGACACAUGGUUGGAUUGGAAGUGAAAUGACGAGGGGCAAGUUCAUGCUAGAGGAGGGUGCAGAGAUGCAGUGGAAGGAAGAAAGAGAAGUUCAUGUGAAUGGUGGACCAGUAGAGGAAUUUGCAAGGUUGAUUGUAUCUGGGGCAUGUAGAGGAGAUGCAUAUGUGAAGUAUCCAAGCUGGUAUGAUGUAUUCCUACUAUAUAGGGUGUUUGCUCCAAAUGUUCUCAACUGGGCAUUUCGGCUUCUCAUUUCUCCCCAAGGGACGAGAAGAACUUCUUCUUAUGUUGGGACUGGCAAACCCCUUGAAGUUGUGGGUAUGGGGAGACCUAUGUUAGAGGGAACGUCUCCUAGAAACACACACACUCCGCUUACCUUCUCUGGCCAGUUGAGUCAGCACAAGCUGGAUUGA